AUGGCCAGCUCAUCUGCCCCUCCGGCCAACGCAUUUCCCAGACAGGACAAAACCUUAGCUCCGGGUGAAUUGGUGCAGAUUUUCGUGGGUCAAGGGGGUGCGCAGAUAGCGGAUGCGUGUUGGGAGCUCUUUACACAGGAGCACUUCAUAACACCAAGCGGUGAGCCUAGCGCAUGCCUCUGCGGUCAGGAGCAGGGCGAUUGCGAUGGCUCUGCCUUCUUCAGCCUCACCCAGCGCGGUUUCUUCGUCCCCCGCACCCUCAUCGUCGACACCGAGCCAUCUGUCCUUGACGAAAUUCGUAUGGGCGUCUAUCGAAACCUAUUUCAACCCAGCAGUCUUAUAAGCGGCUGCGAGGAUUCCGCUUCAAAUUUUGCCCGAGGAUACUAUGGUGCUCCAUGUUCACUUAUUGAUGCCUCUUACAAUUCAAUCCGUCGUCUAGCGGAGGCCUGCGAUCUCCUCCACGGCAUUAUCUUCUAUCGUACUUACGGAGGUGGCACUGGCAGCGGUUUGGGAUGCACCAUUCAAGAUGAUAAAUCUGCCUUUGUGAUGUACAAACCAUUGCCAGGGCUACUGCAAUACGCGGCGGAUGAGUUUUGCAAGAUUUCGCGCAUGGAUUUUGGGGUGAUUCCGGGCGUUACGCUGUCCUCAGGCCCCGUGGAGCCAUAUAAUGCAGUGCUGGCUACUCAAGUGCCAGUGGAACACGUUAAUCUUGUCAGCCUUGUAGAUAACAUGGCACUGCAACGCAUCUGCUCCUGUCUCCUCAAAAUCUACAAGCCGAGCUUUACCUCUCUCAACCGCAUCCUUGCUCAGUGCAUGAGCGGAUUGACCUCGACGUUCCGAUUUCCGGGCCCGACGACGAUCACCAUGAUGGACCUCUAUACCAAUCUCGUGCCCUACCCCGAUGCCCACUUUGCCAUGAUCGGGUUCGCGCCGUUGUUUGACCUAGAGACAGCCUGCAAGGGUCAGGUGGAUACGACACAGCUUACGGAGUCGGUGUUUGCCCCAGAAAACCAGUUGGUGCAUCAGCAUGAGGAGGAGGUGAACAUGUACCUCACUUGCUGCCUCUUCUAUCGCGGCAACGCGAGUGUCCGUGAUGUCAACACCUGUAUCGACGAGAUGCGCUCUUCCAACCGCCUCCCCUUCGUUGAUUGGUGCCCCACAGGAUUCAAGGUGGGUAUUUCGUAUCAGCCAAUGACAACCAUAGAGGCGAGUCGAAUUGGACCCUCGGACACCUCAGUGAUGGCGUUGCAUAACUCCACCCUCUUCAGAACACCCCUCCACGAGCUCACACAGGCGGUGGAGACACUUCUGAAACGUAACGCCUUUCUCCACUGGUACAAAGCGGAGGGCCUCGAAAGCGAUGAGAUCGAAAACGCUCUGGGAGGCCUCAAAAAACUAGAGGCCGACUACAACUCGAGAGAUGAGCCAAGCUAUGAUGAAGAUGCUAACAGUGGUCCAUUUGACACUGAUUUGCAUUGUCAGAGGAGAAUGGCGCCAGGCUGCUGGGCUACGAAACAAAGAGAGGAGAUAGAGGAGGACAGAACUCGCAAUCCAUCAGCAAAGAUCUCCUAUCAAAAUGGGCGUGAGUGUUACGAAUCUUCAUUGCGGGAAGCACUUGAAAUCAUUGACAAAGCCUAUGAGGCUUCUCGGUGUAAAAGUGAAAUGAGUGAUGAAGAACCGGAAAGUGUCAUAGAGGCCAAUUAUGACUCAUGCGACACAGAUUCGGCGAGUCAAAGUGACAUCUGUCGGAACAACUACAAGAAUGAAACGGCUCCAAGAGUGCCAAAGCAGCGAUUCUGUAGAAGACGAAGUCCGGGUUACAGUUAUCGAAAUGACAAGGGAAGACACAACGUCGAGGUUAAUACCGAUGAGACAAAACGGCAAAAUUAUCUGCGCCAGUUCUCGCCCACGCCGCUGCCCGAGGACACUUCCUCAACUUCCAUGAAUCUCUCCGUUCCUUCCUCUUCGUUGUCUUCUUUAUCGAAGCUGAGGAAUUUCCUCGCUGUCCAUUCACCUAAGUGCCUCCGCAAGGCGCAGGGCUCACAUUCCAGCUCCAUGUCCACUACGGCCAAUUUGGCCACGUCUGCACUAUUAAACGAGGAGAUUGUGCGAGAGUUGGAGAGAAGUGUCAAGAGCGAGCUCUCCAGCGUACUAGACGCCCUCGGUCACGUUGUAAUACCGCCAUCGUGCACUCCGGCAACCGGAACUAACCAACACCACCAUCGGCACCAUCACUAUCACCACCACAACCGCUUCAAACAUACUCGCAGUUGA